AUGGCCCGCUCUCUUUUCUUGACCGGUGCUGUGCUCCUUUGCAGCGGUGCGCUUUUCACGGCCUUCGUGGCCGCACCCCGUGCUGCUCCGGCCCCAACCGCGCCGCAUGCCACCACCGCAGCCCUGAGCGCCAUGACGCUGGUGGCCCCUCAGGCAGCGCAUGCCGAGGGCGGUGCCGUGUGGAUCCCAGCACUCUCCGCCAUCGGUGCCGGCUUCGCGAUCGGCCUCGCGGCCAUCGGCUCGGGCGUGGGCCAGGGCAUUGCCAGCGGCCGCUGCAUUGACGGCAUUUCCCGUCAGCCGGAGGUCGCAGACGACCUCCGCGGUGUCCUGCUGCUGUCCCUGGCCUUCAUGGAGUCCUUGACCAUCUACGGUCUUGUGAUUGCCUUGGUGCUCCUCUUCGCCAACCCCCUCAUCAAGUGA